UAUGAUAGCCAGUCUGUAGUAUGUUCACUGAAAUAAACAAUUAUUUCAUAAAAGUCUGGAUUUUGUGAAGAAAAUGGACCGAUGGCAAGGAAGUGUGGCAUUGGUAACCGGAGCUUCUGCGGGUAUUGGUAAAUCGAUUGCCAUUGAGCUAGCAAGACAUGGAAUGGUGGUAGUUGGUUGGGCUAGACGUUUGGAUAAACUAAAAACAAUAGAAGAUGAACUGUCUACAGAGGGAAAAACCUUUGUUGGGAGACAAUGUGAUGUAGCCGACGAAACAGCCGUACUUAACGAGUUCUCUUGGAUUGAAAAAACGUAUGGAAAAUUAAACGUCGUUAUUAAUAACGCCGGUAUAGGAGCUGUAGCUUAUCUAGCAGAUGGAAAAACAGAAUUGUGGCAAAAAGUUUUUAACGUGAACUUGAUAUCCGUAGCGGUUAUAACGAGAGAAGCUGUCAAAUUCAUGAGGAAAUUUAAAAUAGAUGACGGGCACUUAAUUUUCAUGAGUUCGAUCGUGGGCCACAUGAUAACGCCAUUAAUAGGUUCGGGAAUUUACUGUGCAACAAAACACGGCGUGACCCUCAUGGCCGAAGCAACACGUCAAGAACUUAAUGCCAGUGGUUCCAAAAUCCGAGUUUCAAGCGUGAGUCCUUCAUUUACAAAAUCUGAAAUAUUCGAGAGAUCGGGAAGGAAAAUCACUGAUGACAUGCCAUACUUGGAAUGUAAAGACAUAGCUGAAAUCGUUGCCUGGAUUCUGUCAGCUUCGCCUUCUGUCCAAAUUUCCGAUGUUAUAAUAAGACCAACGGGAUCUGAAUAUUGAGUAAGUGUGCAAAAAAAAAAAAAAAUGUUUACUAAUUUUAAAAUGUUUUUUUCUUUUAACAAUAAAUUUACCGAAUUGUAAUCUUUUCAUUUUUGUGAUAUUAACAAACGCACAAUAAUAAAUCGUAAGUGAACAAAAAACGGAA